UAGUUUAUCAGAAUCAGAAGGAAAAUAGGAGUUUAUUCGAAAAACAAGAAAAGUAGUGAUCACAGACGUUGUAUCCGUCCCACUAGUUGGUAAAUACAAUUAAUUUAAAAGUAAGCUUUUCUCUGAUCCGCAAGCCAAAGGCUAUGGCACUUACAGGAACUAACCAAACGCCAAUGACCAAAGAUGAUGACCGUAAUAAGCUUCACAUAGCUAUGUUUCCGUGGCUGGCAUUCGGUCACAUACUCCCAUACUUAGAGCUUGCCAAGCUCUUUGCCCAAAAGGGUCAUCAAAUCUCUUUCAUAUCAACCCCAAGAAACAUCCAAAGCCUUCCAAAGCUCGCUCCAAACCUAUCACCGUUGAUAAACUUGGUCAAGCUUCCAUUGCCAUCUUCGGGGUUUAAUCUCCCAAUCGAAGCCGAAUCAACCUCAGACUUGCCGAUUGAAAAAGUCCUAAUCCUCAAGAAAGCACACGACGCUCUCCGAGAUUCCCUCUCCGAUCUUCUCCGGUCUUCCAAACCGGACUGGCUCCUCUUCGAUUUCGCGGCAUAUUGGGUACCCGAUAUGGCCCGCAGUAUCGGCCUCCAAAACGCCUACUUCAGUAUCUUCAACGCUGCCUGUUUGGGAUAUUUGGGGACUGAGUUUCCCAAUUACCGGACUGAACCGGAAGAUUUCAUCGUACCCCCGAAGUGGGUCCCUUUCCCUUCCACCGUGGCGUACCGGAAAUUUGAAGUUUCGAAAUUCUUAAAGGUGUUAACUGGUAACGAUGACGAUAUCUCGUUCCUCUACCGUAUCAUCCAAACGCUCAGAGGUUGCGACGUGGUGGCAGUAAGAAGCUGUUGGGAGUUGGAAACUGAAUGGCUAAGCCUCAUGGCAGAUCUUCUCGGGAAACCUGUUCUUCCCAUCGGUCAACUUGCACCGGCGGUUACAUACGACGACGAAAACGACGACAUCUGGAAGUCGACCAAGCAGUGGCUUGACUUCCAACCAAAACGCUCGGUCGUUUACGUGGCUUUUGGAAGCGAGGCCCUGCCGAAUCAAGACGAACUCACCGAGAUAGCUCAUGGCUUAGAGAUAUCAGGGUUUCCUUUCUUCUGGGUUUUAAAGACCCGACCUGACUCAGCCGAGCUUCCGACCGGGUUUGAGGAGAGAACCAGGGAACGAGGAAUCGUUUGCACGAGUUGGGCUCCUCAGCUGAAGAUUUUGGCUCACGACUCAAUAGGCGGAUUCUUGAGUCACUCCGGGUGGAGCUCGGUGGUGGAAGCUCUUCAGUUUGGAAUACCUCUCUUGCUGUUGGCUUUUAUUAACGAUCAGGGUUUGAAUGCAAAACUUUUGGAUGAGAAUAUGAUAGGGUAUAUGGUGCCGAGGGAUGAAAACGACGGGUCGUUUACGAGAGAAUCGGUGGCAGAGUCAGUGAAGUUGGUGGUGGAGAAAGAAGAGGGGAAGGUGUAUAGAGAGAAGGCUAAGGAGAUGAGCCCGGUGUUCGGAGAUAGGGAAGUUCAAAGCAAGUACGUGGAUGAGUUUCUUGCGUUCCUUAAGGAAUAUCGUACAAAAAGCUCCAAGGAAGAAGAAAACACCAGUUGAUUACCGGCGGGGACAUGGUGAGAGAAAACUAAUUAAUUAAUAAUGCGAAUUCAUAUAACUGUUACUAUGCUAUCAGUAUAUGCACUAUUGCUAUGUGUUGAGUACGUACUAUGGGUUUUUAUGUUGUGUAUGUAGUACUAGCUUUGGUACAUGAUCCAAAUAAGGAUAAAGUAAAUAUAUCAUAUUACAAAUUUGACACUCU